AUGGCCUUCUCUUCACCCUCCAAGAUUUUAUCUUCGCCUGCCAAGAGGAAUCAAUUGCUCUCCAGCCCAGAGCGUAACCUCGCCUCAUCUUUUCUUCGCGAUACCCGAAACAACGAACUCAGUCACCGAGAUGCUCUGGCGGCGGCGCAACUAGAACAUGAACGCGUGCGCCAAGCAGCGAUACGAGUCUAUGAGCUUCAUGAGCUGCAGGAGGAGCACAAACGCAUACUUGCUGAAGAGCGCAAGGAGGAGGAGAGAUUGAAGGCCGAGGCCGCCAUAGUUGCAGAGGAGAAAAGGCUUCGGGAACUCAAGGCGAAGACUGUCCCUAAAUUACCACCGGAGCCAGCGCCACAGCCAGCAUCCCCGGCCAAGCAGGAACCCGCGAAAACGAACGGUGCAACUCCCGCGAAAGAAUCAAAACAGCCAGAGGCUUCUACAACACCCGCCACCGAAGUCAAGAAGCCCGCUCAGCCUCCAGCUCCAGCGGCUCCUGCCACUGGACUUUUUGCUUCAAAACAACCCAGUAACCCAUUCGGUACGACCCAACCAUCAGCCCAGAAUCCAUUUCAGAAACCGAACGGGGCGGUGACACAAGCUGCAAAUGCACCUGCUACUAUUGCAACCGCCCCUCAGCCGGUCUCCAAGCCAGCUGUACAACCUGUGCCAGCUAAACCGGCUGCCAGUGUCGAUCGCUAUUCUCAGAUCCAUCAGGAGCUGAAGAAAUUGAGAAGGGACCUGCAAGCGCAGUCAAAGGUUGCCGGAUCUCCCAUGAAGGGCAAACUCGGUGCUGCUCGUAGAGAAAUUCGGGUAGCUAUCGGUCAACUGACGGGCGGAAAGGGAGCAAAUACUCAACCUAUCAACAAAAUCACAGGUGCGCUCAAGGAGGCUUUGGAAGGUCGUAUUCCCAGUCCUCCUAUCGAUGUCAGUGCCUUUGUGGUGGAUAAGAGAGAGCCUGUGGAGGGCUCCAUGAACAACGAUGCCACUCUACCUUCACUCUUCAUAUAUCUUAUCAACAUCUGCGCUAAGGGUAUUGUGAACCAGUUCAUUAACGAAGGCGGCGCAAACCCUAAAGCCGCGGACCCCGUUGGUGUCUUUGCUGCCCAUAUCUUUUCCAACAAAGAAUUUCAAUGGCGAGGUCAGUCCUUGGUGGAUAUCCUUAUGGCCAAAUAUCGCAUAGUAUGCCCUGUCUUGUUUGGUCAUAGAGGCAAUGACAGGACAGAACGAGGACGAAUCGCUAUAGGGUGGAAGAAGGAUGGGCCAUCGUGGAUUACGGAACAAAGUCACAAUGACAGAAUGACUGGACUAGGUGCUGGUUUUGCUUCUCUGUCUCUGAGAGACUUCAGCAAAUCGUCUAAAAAGAAUCCUUACCCCCCCACAAACUAUUGGAAGGCACUCGCAUACAUCGUCAACACGCCACCCAACGAGACAUCGAACACCCAAUAUGUGGUAUUGCGGUCCAUGAUCCAAGGCCACGAGCAACGCUUCCUCGGCUUCUACGGCAACGCUGCGUUAGCGGCACUACGACUUGCUCUUGUCGAGUUUCCAAAGAAGGCGCCCCAAAAUGCCACUGCUGCUGGCUCUCUGGCUGCUCUAGCAGAUGUACUCAAGACCGAAUCCGGGCUGGUCUUAGUAUAG